CUGCUGAAAGGUUGGAGGUCUGUCUGUUUGGUGUCACCGGUCUGCACGCUUCAGCCCGUGCUCGCCUGGUGAGGCCAGAUUUUUGUCUUUGGGCCGGGUCACACAUGACGCAGCGUACAAAGGGGAGAUCUGUACCUCCCACUCGCCUCCCUCUCAGUUCAUAUUCCUGGCCUCAACAUUUCGUUCUAAAUGUGGACUCCUUGCCGGUGCGCGUGUGACUGCUCCAGAGUUUGCACUUCUAGGAUCACGGCAGGACAAAAGGUGGACAGUCUGCUGCUUGCUUCCUCGUGGUAACUUCCCACCAUGCCUUUCCCCUUUGGCAAGUCCCACAAGUCGCCGGCAGACAUUGUCAAGAACCUUAAGGACAGCAUGACGGUGCUGGAGAAGCACGAUAUCUCGGACAAGAAGGCUGAAAAGGCUACAGAGGAGGUGUCAAAGAGCCUGGUCGCCAUGAAGGAGAUCCUCUAUGGUACCAAUGAAAAGGAGCCCCAGACGGAAGCGGUGGCCCAGUUAGCACAGGAGCUCUACAACAGCGGCUUACUCAGCACUCUGAUUGCAGACCUGCAGCUCAUUGACUUUGAGGGUAAAAAAGAUGUAGCCCAGAUCUUCAACAACAUCUUAAGGCGGCAGAUUGGCACUCGGACCCCCACUGUGGAGUACCUGUGCACCCAGCAGAAUAUCCUCUUCAUGCUUCUGAAAGGGUACGAGUCGCCGGACAUUGCGCUGAACUGCGGUAUCAUGCUGAGAGAGUGCAUCAGACACGAGCCGCUGGCCAAAAUCACGCUGGGGUCAGAGCAGUUCUAUGACUUCUUCAGAUACGUGGAGAUGUCGACGUUUGACAUCGCUUCAGACGCUUUUGCCACCUUCAAGGACCUUCUCACAAGACACAAGCUACUGAGUGCUGAGUUUCUGGAGCAACAUUAUGACAAAUUCUUCAGUGAAUAUGAGAAGUUACUGCACUCAGAGAACUAUGUGACUAAACGGCAGUCGCUCAAGUUGCUGGGAGAGCUGCUUCUCGACAGGCACAACUUCACCAUAAUGACCAAGUACAUCAGCAAGCCAGAGAAUCUCAAGCUGAUGAUGAAUCUUCUACGGGACAAGAGUCGCAACAUCCAGUUUGAGGCUUUCCACGUCUUCAAGGUGUUUGUGGCCAACCCCAACAAAACCCAGCCCAUCCUGGACAUCCUGCUGAAGAACCAGGCCAAGCUCAUCGAGUUUCUCAGCAAGUUCCAGAACGACCGAACGGAAGACGAACAGUUCAACGAUGAAAAGACUUAUCUAAUCAAACAGAUCAGGGACCUGAAGAGGCCUGCCCCCCAGGAGGCCUGAAUCAUGCACAGGAGUGGAAGGACCCACAAAGGAGCCGGUCCGGGCGGCGUCCAGACGGCGUCAGGACGGCGUCCAGACGGCGCCGCUGGAUGGACCCGACGGCGGCUGUUUGUUUCAACAAAAAACACUGAGGAACAAAGAAAAAGCAGCCAGAUCCCCAGCAGCUCCUCUGCAGGUCGCCAGGUCCUCUGCCCCUCUGAACGUUCAAGACCCUCCUCUCUUUGCUCCCGUCUUUUUUCUUCUUGUCAAAAGAAUUGAGAAUAGUAGUUGCUGCUGCUUUCUUGCACAUUGAAAUAUUUAAGGUAUCCAUGUUCACGGGAGCCCAUUAGACGCUGACAGACAGUAAACCCGUUUACGACACGCUUAUCACAAAACGACACAACGCACACGCUCCACAACCCAACCGUACAGGCACUGAGGGGAACGGGGCGGAGCUUCCCCUGAACCGGUGCCUGCCCAGUCUGUCACAACCGCUUCCACCACGCCGCCGGUUUGAAUCCCACCAAUACUUGGCGCAGACCCAUGCUCUGCUGUGACAGACCCUAACGCACAUGCAGAGCAGAGGGAAUGCUGGGUAUUGAAAGGGGAGCACGGUUGAUAUGUACAUAUUCCUCUUUUCUUUUUAGUUUGGGUUCUACGGUGACACAUAAAAAAAUGACCUGAAACCAGACGUUUUCGGUCAGAAACGGCUGCUGGUUGACGGGUUUCCCUGUGACUUUGAGCGCCGCCGCCGUUCAGCUGACCUGUAGGCGAUGAACAAACUGUACAGCGGAGGAAUGUUUUUGUCAGAGCUCCGGUCGUGUCGCGGCUCCUCCGCAGAGGGGGAGGAGCCUGCACAGGAGAUGCUGGAUGAUCGAUGUCGUUUAACUGGAAGUGCGGGUGUUUUCUUAUUUUUCAGCCAGAACCCCCCCCCUUACACUAAAUCUCUGAGUGCCAUGUGAAGCCAGUUAUUGCUUUUCAGCUGUAAACUUGAUGUCAUCUUGCAUAUUUUCCGGGCACAACAUUGCCUCUUUUUGCUGUCCGUUGUGUUGUGGGGCUUUGACCGAGGCGUCAUAAAUCCGGCACAACAGCGAGUGCACAGCAUUGUGGGUAACUGUUCUGCAAGCGUGCAUGAUGCUUAAAACAAGACUGAAGAAAGCGUCACACUCUGCAGUAACUAAACGUAUACAUCCUGAACGAAGCCACUGGAGGUGAGAAGGAGACCCCCCCCUCCAUGCACAGCAUGUUGCUGCACUACAGCUGGACUGGAGUUUUAUUUUCCCCCCUCUGACAUAUUAAACAGCGUUCAGACGACAUGAAGAACUCUGGGCUGCAGACUCAUAGGAUCUGCAGGUGAGCUUAAAGUGGGGGUGCUUUCAGAUGUGUCAAAGGCCUGGGCCCAACAGUUGAAAUAAAGAGACGUUUUAAAUAUAUCAA